AUGUCUUUUGCUUACAGAUGCUUGAGUGCACAGAAGGAAGAACGCAACAUGCCACGGACAACAGAGAUAGCACAGCCAGACCCUUCAGAUUCCAGAUCAAUAAUUGAAUGCAUCAGCGAACUUGAGGCCUCUUCCUCUCGCUGCCCCUCUGCUUCGACUUCUUCCUACAAUUUCCAGCCUCAUCGUCGCGUCGCGACUGGACAAAUUGAACCCCUUUACUGUUCUCAGCUGGAUUACAGUCGCCCUUGCCCCAGAGAACCUCCGGCAUUCGGUCUAUAUCCCUCUUCUGCUCAACUCAACUAUCAGUCUUCUUCAACUCACAAUUCCUGCGGGACUGCCCUCCCCAAUCACCCUCAAUCUUAUCCUAGUAUACCGUUUCCGCCUUCUCCCGGGCCACCUAACAUUGUUGCUGUACCUCGCAAGCCCCCUUAUCAUAGUAUUCUAUUCAGGAAAAAAAAGGCGUUAUACAAAAAAAGGCUUCGACAAUCUCAGUCUCAAAGUUCUGUGUCUCAGUCUACCGAAAACCCAGCUCGAAUUGCUAUUACUCUUGCUCCGCCUGACUUAACCGUCCGCAGUAUGGACCAACGUCCGGGAGCGCGGCUCAGUGGUGAACUCUCGCUUGAACUUUGGCCGCAUGACGCAGCCCAACAGCAUACCGCAAAUUCUGGCCAACAUCAACCUUCUCCGGGACAACCUACUCAAUUGCGCAACCCAGGCAAGACCCUUCUUGAAGCUCCUCCCAUGAGACCUCAACGGGCUACCACAGAUCCCGACCAAUGGACCUUUCUCGCACCACUGGUUCAUCCCAGAACAUCAGACGAGCCUUCUUUACACUCUAAUUUCGAAGCGCCCCUCCCAACGCUUUUUCAGCAACAAACGGGAAAUACAUCUUAUCCUGAGACGGCCCACUCCGGAAACGAUCUUCUACUGCCGCCUUCCGGUGUCGAUGAAUCUUUCCCUGCUCAAUAUUCAUGGGAGACAUUUAUUAGAGAUGAAUUGGAACGUCGCGUUACACUGGAGCAAGAGAACCAAACGCCUAGUAUGACAGCCAUAGAUCCGUAUCCCGGAUCGAACCUUUAUCCUGGAGUUAUGACGGCACCUACCGCCAAUGUACAGUUACAUAAUCAUGCCCAAGCGGUCAAUCUCAUGGAUCGUGCAACCGCGCCUAGUACCAUGCCUCAAAGCUCGAUGUCACAGGGCACCCUGGCGGGCUCCAGUUUCCCCAGUCUGCCCUCAGUUCCCGCCACGCAGCAGCGUCGUAACCAUACGGAAGCAUUCACAAUGGAAAACAGACGUCGUUCGAGGCCGUUGGAAUACCCGAACACCCGUCGUCGCAUUCAAUCCGAAGCACAGCAGGGUUCAUCGGCACCACUCAAUGCAAACCUGAACCGCCAGCAAUCAGCUAAUGACCCGAGCAGACCCUUAGCCGUCGCUCAAGAGAGCAACCGCCCUUCGAAUGCUGCUAUGCGCUAUGCUACCCUUCAACGUGCAGCGCUUUUGGAGAGAAGGGCGACUGGAACUCAUCCACGACGUACCGAAGCCGCAAGAGAGACUAUGUCAAAGGGCCUCGAUAAUCAGAAUGACGGACGGCCGAGCCCCAAAGAAAGCUCCGAAAUGAAGGUUGAUUUUGAAUGCCAGAUUUGCCUAAGCCAGGUAGUUGAUACGGUUAUUAUUCCGUGCGGCCAUGCGAUCCUUUGUCGAUGGUGCGCAGAGCAGUACAUUCCGACCAAUCCGGCGAGUCCGACGAGGCCCUUGGGUGGGAGUCCUAAUCGGUUGUGGCAGUACCGGAUUUUCACACCGUGA